AUGGAGAUUUUGAUGGUAGAGAUGGCCAAAACCAUUUGGUGGGUAGUAGUUAUAGGAGUGUUAGGUUUAGGGUUUGGUGUAUACGGUAAAGCGAUGGCGGAGCAAUGGAGGAUGCGGAGGAGGCUGACUAUGCAAGGUGUGAAGGGUCCUCAACCGUCGUUAUUUCGCGGAAACAUACCAGAGAUGCAAAGAAUUCAAUCACAGAUAAUGAUUAACUCUAAACAUUACUCUGGUGAUACUAUCAUCGCCCAUGACUACACUUCUUUUCUCUUUCCCUAUCUCGACCAUUGGCGAAAACAAUACGGGAGGGUGUACACGUACUCGACGGGGGUGAAGCAACACUUGUACAUGAACCACCCGGAGGUGGUGAAAGAGCUUAACCAAGCCAACACUCUUAAUCUCGGCAAAGUCUCUUACGUCACCAAACGCCUUAAGUCCAUUCUUGGCCGUGGCGUCAUCACCUCUAAUGGGCCUCAUUGGGCCCAUCAACGCCGUAUCAUCGCCCCCGAGUUCUUCCUUGACAAAGUCAAGGAAAUGGUUGGUUUGAUGGUUGAAUCGGCGAUGCCAAUGCUUAGCAAAUGGGAAGAGACGGUGAAAAGAAGAGAAGGAGAAAUGUUUUGUGACAUAAGAGUGGACGAAGACUUAAGAGCUGUCUCUGCUGACGUCAUCUCUAGAGCAUGCUUUGGGAGCUCUUUCUCUAAAGGCAAAGAGAUCUUCUCUAAGCUUAGAUGUCUUCAAAAGGCCAUCACUCACCGCAACAUCCUCUUCAGCCUCAAUGGUUUCACUGAUAUUGUGUUCGGGACUAAGAAACAUGGGAACGGGAAGAUCGAGGAGCUAGAGAGGCAUGUGGAGUCUUUGAUAUGGGAAACUGUUAAGGAGAGAGAAAGGGAAUGCACGGGAGAUCACAAGAAAGAUCUAAUGCAACUGAUACUAGAAGGGGCUAUGAGUAGUUGCGAUGGUAACUUGGAGGACAAGACAUCAUCUUACAAAAGCUUCGUGGUGGACAACUGUAAGAGCAUCUAUUUCGCCGGCCAUGAGACUAGUGCGGUUGCUGUCUCUUGGUGUCUUAUGCUCCUCGCUCUCAACCCUUCUUGGCAAACUCGGAUUCGUGAUGAAGUCUUUCGUUUUUGUAAGAAUGGUAUUCCAGACGCAAGCUCUAUUUCCAACCUCAAAACGGUGACAAUGGUUAUCCAAGAAACGUUGAGGUUAUACCCACCAGCAGCAUUUGUGUCAAGAGAAGCCCUUGCAGACACGAAACUUGGAAGCCUCGUCGUGCCAAAGGGAGUGUGUAUUUGGACAUUGAUCCCUACAUUGCAUAGAGACCCCGAGAUAUGGGGAGCUGAUGCAAAUGAAUUUAGGCCAGAGAGAUUCAGCGAAGGAGUAUCUAAAGCCUGUAAAUACCCUCAGUCCUUUGUCCCAUUUGGCCUAGGGACAAGGUUGUGUCUAGGGAAAAACUUUGGUAUGAUGGAGCUCAAGGUUCUUGUGUCACUUAUUGUGUCAAGGUUUAGUUUUACGCUAUCUCCCACAUAUCAGCACUCUCCGGUGUUUAGAAUGCUUGUAGAGCCUCAACAUGGUGUUAUCAUCAGGGUUAUUCAAAAUUGAGAUCUUAUAACAUAUGGUGUCUAGCUUAUGAUUUUAGUUUUUACUCCAU